AUGGCAGCUCUCGCGGCUCAUGUCCGCCACCUCGGAGAAGGCGGCGAGCACGAUCUGGUGGUGCCGUCUUGCCUUAAAAGUUUGCCCCACCGUGGCAUGUGCCAGCGCAAGCAGGGCGUUGGCAUGGCCAAACUCCGCCCAGUUAAACAACUGCCGCGCCUUGUGGGCCCAGAGAGUCAGCACCUUGAUGGCGUCCACCACCGCACCGUCACCCAGAAGCGCACGGGCACGCAUGCUGAGGAGCGUCCCCUUCCCCUGACCACAUUUGUCCUGCACCUUCUCGCGCUCGUCGAGGGUCUUUAUGCACUCCUUGUACUGACCGAGCUGCAGGUGCGCAUCGGCCAGAGCUUCCAGCGCAAAUCGGCGGUCGGCGGCAGCAUCGACACCCUCUGCAGUGGACGCCAGCGCGUCCAGCUCUUUGGCUGUGUUUACUACAUCCAAAUACAUCCCAGCGGCACGCUGUGCUGUGACGAUGUUGCGUGUUGUUUCACGACUAAUCUCGCUAUCCUCAUACUCCUUCGCAAGUUCGCUCACCUUUGCCCACUGCUCCCCAGCCUCCCCGUGGUUACAAGUCGCGGUGUACAACCGGGCGAGGCGGAUGAGGGCGUUGUAUUGCAACAGCGUGUUUCCUACCUCCGAGGCGUAUUCCAGCACUUGAUGGUAAUAGUGAACGGCGGUCUUGGGUUUCUCCAGCGCGGCAUAUACCUCCGCAAGUUUUGCCAACACAAGCGACUCCCCUAA